AAGGGGAGAGAGACCAGAACAGACAAAAGCCAUAAGCCCAUUUCACUUCAUUUCUUUUUCUCCUUGGAACCUCCUCCUUUUUCUCGUAAGAGCAAAAGCUUUAGAAGAAGAAGAAGUAGGGCAACAAUGGCGGAGAAAGGAGGAGGAUUCGGGUUUACAUCAUCCACCGCUAAAAAAUCUAGCUUUAAACAACCCGUCGCUAAGUCAGCAGUUGGAGGUUCAUCAAAGAAACAUAAGACAGUGCAAUUUGAUACUGAAUCAGAAUCUGAAGGAUCACCUGUGGCUAACCAUAACAAUGGUUCAUUAAAAUCGAACGGGAAGGGUCUCUUUGAUUCUCCAGCUUCUAAAGGGGAUACGGACAAAGGUGGGAAAGGAGGCAAGACAGGAAAAGGCUGGGGAAAAAGCAGUGCACCAAAAUUGCCUGUUGUUGUACAGCUUGAAAUUGAAAAAGACCUUCCAAAGAAUGCCAAAUGCAUGAUGGACUGUGCGGCAGAAGCUGCUCUACAAGGAAUCCAAGACCAGCUAUCCAUACUAUCACGGGACCCAACUAUUAAACUACCCUUGGCAUUCAACAAAGCAUUGGAGUAUGCAAAGGGCAGUAGCCGAUAUUCAAAUCCCCUGGCUGUUUGGCAUGCCCUGGAAAAGCUCAGAGUACUCAAAAUUACUGAAAGCGAGCUAUGCUUGAUCUCAAAUGUAUGUCCUGAUACAGUUGACGAAGUUUAUGCUCUUAUUCCAUCCUUGAAGACGAAUAGGCUCAUGACCGAAGGAGCCAUCAAGAAUCUGCUUUAUGAGUUGGAUAACCUUAAAUCCUAAAUGUACAGACAAAUGGAGCAUUUGAUUUUCAGGACACGAUAGGAGUAGAUCAGACAAGCCUGGGGUUUAAGGUGGAUGCAGUUCUUUACUUCACCUCUUCUUAUUUUGCUACCAUAUGAUAUGACUACGUUAGGGUUACAGAAUUUUCAUUUUACUAUGAACGGGGUUUUGUUAGUUGAUGUAAAGGGUGGGUGAAGCGGAAUUAUUUUCCCUACUUUUGUAACCAAGUUUACUUCAAUUGUGUUCCAUAACAGAUAGAUUCUGGUGGCAAAUAUGUUUGGUACUUGGUUUUAAUUUUUUUUUUAUGGAU